AUGGCUGGCUCCAAUGCAAGCUCCAGAGGCUACGCCACAUGGUCGAACUGGACAAGCGCGCUGGGCCUCUCUGAGGAGCAGACAGGGACAAUCCAGCGCGCCGGCAAUAAGUUCCUCAAGGCUGUCGAUGUGGCCAAGAGCCAUGCGGAGAAAGGCUUCACCCAAGGAGUAUCCCAAGUUCGUGCGGCAGUGGAUCGACAAAUGUCAAGUACUGCAAGCUCGUCACAGACCCAUCGCUGGUUUGGAAAGCAACCGUCAAGACAUGAUUUGCCCAGCAGUGCCGUGAGUGUCCGCGUUUGUACUUGGAACCUCCAUGGUUGUGCGAUCGAUCCGGAAGAUGACAUUCGACCAUGGCUCUUCCCCGCCGGUAAGCAAGCUGACGUCUACAUCAUUGGUAUACAGGAACUUGUGGAGCUUGGGCCAAUGUCUGUGAUACUAAACACAGACGGACAUGAAGAGAGGCAAUCCGAACUCGAGCACCGGAUCGAGGCUGCCCUUGCCUCGACUGGACUUCAGUAUUUGAAAAUCUGUGGCUUUGGCAUGGUUGGCCUUUCGUUGCUGGCCUAUGCAUCUGACAGCUUGCAAGAGCACAUCGGUGAGAUCGAUUGCGAUCGAGUGAAAACGGGCAUUGAAGGUUUGAGCGGGAACAAGGGUGGCUUGUGUGUCAGAUUCUUGCUGGGAUCCAUGUCGCUUUGCUUUGUCAACGUUCACCUGCCAUCGGGGACUGGCAAAGCAGAUGAGCGAAAUGACCACUUGAAUGAGGUUUUGUCCUAUGCGUUUAAAGGGACUUCUCGAAAUGGCUCCACGCGACCUCCAAAGAACGGCUUUCAUCGAGCCUCUGUGUACACGGCUGUCAACCACGAUCUGACUGUCGUGCUCGGUGACCUGAACUCUCGCCUAGCAGACCUACCAAAUGCAGAUGGCUUCCCGAAAGGACCGCCUGAAGCAUGGCUGCUGUUUGAUGAGCUUCUGACUGGAAGAAUCAAAUGUGCCAGAUCCUUGGGCUUCCGUGAGGCAGAGGUCACCUUCCCUCCGACCUAUAAGUACAUGGUUGGGGGUGACGAUUUGAGUCCGUCUCGCACACCAGCCUGGUGUGACCGAGUCAUUUACAGAUUUCAGCCCUCCGCUGACGAUGUCGCGCAGAGGGUCUUGAACCCCAUGGCCCAGCCUGAGGUAGAGCUUGUGGAGUACGAUUCGUAUGCGGAUUUGAGAAGGACCAGCGAUCACCGCCCCAUAGCGGCCACCUUCAGGAUUAUUCCGGACGAAGAGUUGGCUUGA